AUGGAUGGAUUGUCGAAUGAUGUACCUGACUCACAAGCAUCCCAAACUGCUGCACAAGAACUUCAAAAUUGGUUCCAAACCACAAAUGAAGACAGUGAUGACAUUUUUUCACCCAUAUUUACUUCACUGCAUCCUGCUGGGGGGAAUGAAAUUAUAGAUACCUCUGGAAUUAGAACUUGGGUUCCAAACAAAAAUCAAUGGCCAACACCAGAAGGGAGUCAAGCUCCUCCAGACCAUAACCCAUUGGCGCAAGAACUUGCAGAUGUCGCUAACCAUGAAGGUGGUAUAAGAGAGCAACAUACUUAUCUUGUUAAUAGAAUAGGUCUCCAUAAUUGUAAUUCCAGUUGUUUGCGUUAUCGUCGUAAGAAUAAUAAGGAAAAGGAUACCGCUCCAAAAAAGUACUGUCGUUUUCAUUUUGGUGAUCUUGAUCCACAAACCAAAAAAACAAGUGGCAAAGAGAUUCAUCCUUUUCAUGCUGUCAUAACAAAAGGGGAACAUCCUAGAUAUGAGGGACCACGCGAUCAUCCUCGCCUAAUGAUGCAUGUUAAAACACGUCUGCUUAGUUGGCUAGCAAAUUGUGACAGUCAAGUCAUUAUCGAUCAGGAUCUUCUGGCUCUUCAAAAAUACAUUGCUGGUUAUGCUUGCAAGGGGGCAGCCUCAACUGAAGAUUUGGUACAUGUUUAUCGGCAUCUCAUUGAAAACACUGCUGAUGGAAGCACUGUUAAAAAUUUGGCUCAACGACUACUUCAAAAAAUUGCUGGUCUAGUAGAUGUACCAGGUGCUGCGGCAGAUUUUAUUAAUAGUGGUGGCCGUUUGACUAGAUGUACCAGGAAUUUUCGAUACAUUGGUAUCAGUGGCUUCCGAGCAUUGGAUACGUCUGGUGAAGAUGGAACCGUUACAAAGAAUAGCACAUUGGAUAAAUACUUGAGCGAUAAGCGUAGAGAAACUGAGCCAGAAAUAUCAUUAUGGAACUGGAGCAAGAAAUGUAAUUGUACCUGCAAAGUAGAUCACGUGCCAGUUUUUACAGGAAUAUCUACAAAACCUGUUUGGCCUGUUACUGAGGACUAUGCAAAAGCUAUGCUCGUUAUAUUUUCUGUUGGAACGUGGCAUAAUACUGAAGAAUUGAAGGGACAACAUGAGUCAUUUGCUGCUGCUUUGGCUUCCUUUGUUCAAACUGAAAACUGUCCCCCUAUAUUAAUAGAUGCAUUGAAGGAGGCUGAACAAUCAUUCGAUAAAAAGAGUGAGAGAAAACAAAGUCACACUCGUGUAAUCAAUAAUGAAACCGAUAAUCAGUCUUCAUGUCAAUCAUCACAAUAUACAGAUGCAAGUUCUCAAAGUUCCCAAAAUUCAGUCAUUGCACAAAUGAACAUAGGCAGAGCGAUAAUGAGAGAUAUUGCAAGGCAUCACGUUGCUGAUAUCAAUGAGCCGGAUGUACAACAAGUUCUUCCCAAUGGAGGGCCUACAUUUGAUUGGAAUAAUUAUGCAAUUCAAAGUUUUGGUAGUCAAUGGCCAAUUAAUGCUGACACAUGGUUACAAUCUAUAUCUGAAGAAGCAGAAAGAAAUGAAUUGCAGCUGGCUGAUGAUUGUACCUUACCCCAAAUAAACAUCUUAAAUGCUAAUGAAUUACAGAGAACAGUCAUUGGUAUAAAUCUUCAGCAUUUAUUGCAAGUUGCAAAAGGAACUUUGCCAACAGGUACCCAGCCAUUACGUUUAUUAAUACAAGGAACAGCUGGUGUUGGGAAAACAUUCAUCAUUACUGCGCUCACCAGAAUCGUUCGGCGUAUUUUUAAGCGAAAUUCUGCUGUUAUGAACUUGGCCCCAACUGGUGCAGCAUCAGUCCUCAUACCUAAUGGUCGCACUAUACAUUCAAUGACUCCACCACCACACAAACUGAAAAAAGAUAAGAAUUUAAAUUCUGUCCAGCUUUCUGACUAUCCGUUGGGUGAUGUAUCUCUAAGAAAGCUGAGAAAGUAUACAGGUAUGCAUGAAAACAAUGAACUGAAAUUAUUUCAACUUAAUAUUGAUGAACGUAGCAUGCAGUCGAAGCUUCUUGUGGCCUGGUGCAGCCAAAGAUUAUGCGAGGCUAAGGGAGACUUUGAUAAUUAUUAUGGUGGUGUACCAGCUGUCAAUUUCUUUGGUGACCUUGGUCAGCUUGGACCAAUUCGUGCUUUGGAUCUACAUCAGCCACCAAAACACGAUGAUUCGACAAUCAACUUUGCUGGCUAUGCAAUCUAUCGCUCGUUUCAAGAUGUUAUUGUUCUUACAGAAACAAUGCGUCAAGGCCCAGAUCAGUUAGCUCUUUUGCAGCGACUACUUAGAAUACGUAAUGGAUCGAUCACUCAACAAGACUGGCAAGAUAUAAAUAGUCGUUACGAAGAUGCUUUUCCACAAACCGAAAAAUGUAACUUUUCGCAUGGUCGCGUCCUUACAUUGAUGGAAACAUGGAAUGAAGUUAAUGAGGAAAAUCACAAUAAAUUAGCUAGCCUUGGUGUGCCUGUUGCUGUAAUUCCAUCAAGAGGCCGUGGUAAACACCACUCUUUGACUGAUAAGCAACUGGGUCAAAUACCGCUGAGAUCUUUAAUGGCAGUUGGUGCAACUGUAAUACUCACUAAGAACCAAAAAGGUCUUACGGGCCUUGGUCUUAAUAAUGGUGCGAUGGGAAAAGUAAUUGCAAUCCUUUAUUCGCCAAAUAUGUCACCACCUGAAUUUCCUAUAGCUGUCAUUGUCGAUUUCCCAAAUUAUAAAGGCCCAAUAUGGAUUCCAGAACAUCCAACAUGGAUACCAAUUACUGCUGUUGAAGGUCGAUGUGAAUUUAAUUGUUGCAGCAGAAAUGGCCUGCCAUUGAUGCCAGGAUAUGCGAUAACAAUUGCUAAAAGUCAGGGUAUGUCGAUUGGAGAUGGUAAAACUGCCACCCACAUGCGUAUCAAGUUACAACAAUCAAUUCAGAUGGAAAAAAAUAACCUUGGUACAGCUUACACUGCAUUUUCAAGAUGCGAAAAAGAAAGGAAUUGGGCACUUGUCGAGCCAAUUACUCAAGAACGUCUCUUGUACGUUAAUACACAUCCUCGUAUGAAAGCCGGACAAGAGGAAGAGCAACGGCUGAAAGCAUUAUCAAAUGAAACCAUCAAAAAAUUUGAUAUCACUAUAGUAAAGUAUAUUAACUUGCUGAAAGACCUUGACGAGUUUUGCGAUGAUGAUAUUGAAGAUGCAGUUUGUCCUUCACCAUCUGCAGAUUGCUCAUGUAUUAUAUGCACAUCUCAAUCAUAA